AUGCUUGAUCGCUUUGCAACGGCGACAUCUAGCGGUUUUGCGAGCUUCUUAGAUGUCACAAUAUUCGACGACAUCCCCCGCUAUUAUCUGAUCUUAGGAUUUCCGCCAUGGCAUCGGCACAAGCUCCGGGCUCCUCGGCACCUUCGUCCAACAUCAAUUCCCCCAUUAUACCCCCCUAACAACGGCCCUCUCCUCAACGGCACUUUUACAGAACUCAAUUCCCGAGCCUCUCCUGCACCGGCCAGCAAUGCGUCUGCACAAGGGGACGGGGCCCGUGGAAAGCGAGCCAAGCGUGACAGUCGCAAGAAGCGCGAAGCGAAAGGUCUCGACACAGAAACGGUAGCACCACCGCCAAAGAAGCGCGCAACUGCUGCUGCAAAUCAUGCUGUCUCAAGCUCGAAUCUUUCCAUUCUACGACCACUUCUACUCGCCGAGCCGCGUUCGUCUGAUCGAUACCCCCCACAGCCUCGCCAGCUGAGCUUUGUCACAAAGAAGACCUCCGACGUGCUGGGUAAAAGCUGGGAUUUCUACGAAGUCGUCGACAAGCUCACGAACAAAAACGGAUUCCGUUACUCCUACGCCAUCGCUGAUCAAGGCUUCCCCCAUAUCAAAUACCGCCAAACGGACGUCCGUCCCUACCAUGCUCGAUUCAGCUUCGAAGAUUCCCCAGCUGCCAUAUCAUUCUCGGAGGAUGCGACGGCCGUGACAACGAGCGAUGCGUGGCAUACUGCCCGAGCGAAUGUCUGCGCAAGAGAAGGGACGUAUUACUAUGAGGCGCGCGUGAUUAGUGGUGUUGACAAUAACCUCCAAGCCGCUUCGCGACCCGGCGCUCCGGCUUCUUCAUCCCGUGGCCACGUUCGAUUGGGAUUUGCGCGGCGCGAGGCAGAUCUGGAUGUCAAUGUUGGAGUUGACUGCUACGGGUAUGGCAUUCGAGACGUGAAUGGCGAAGUCGUCAAUCGCAUGCGCUGCGAAUACUUCUUCCCGAAGGGUGAAGCCAUCAAUGAAGGCGACGUUAUCGGCAUGCUCAUUACGCUACCUCCACUAUCCAUGCACAAGAAAAUUGUCGAAGGUACAUACGAUCCAGCUGUAGAUGGUGAAGGUUCAGACCCAUCAACUCGAAGUGCAAGUGCGGCCAACAUCAUCCGAGACCGCAUCCCGUUCCAGUAUAAGUCCGAUUUUUGCUGGCAACAGUCCAACGUCUUCUCCACCAAGCACCUCCGUGACUACGCCUUUAACCUGAAAGAGACACCAACUUUCGGUCAACCCUCCCCGCUGAACAAUGAAGAUGCCUCAUUGCGCACUCUACCGGGCUCCAGCAUCACCAUCUUCAAGAAUGGAGUGAAGAUGGGAACCCCCUUCAAGGAACUCUACGCCUUCCUUCCGCCCGCUAGCCGCCUCGCAAACGGCACAAAUAACCUUGGUAUCGGCGAACGCGAAAACGCAGACGAUGGCAUGAUUGGCUACUACCCUGCUGUUAGCUGCUAUGGCGGCGGUGCAGUGGAAUGUCGAUUUGAAGGUCCCUGGUGGGUUGGGCCUCCAGAGAAGACCGAGGCCGGAGAGGUGAUUCGGCCCAUUGGUGAACGAUACACCGACCAGAUUGUCGAGGACGUGGUCGCGGAUAUCGUCGAUGAAGUUGAGGCGAUGUUCGCUUGGGGUGGUGUUGACGGCGAUGUCAUUGGUAAUAACAACACAGCAACGUUGGACAGUACUGCCCCUGGCGUUGUCAGUGGUUCGGAAGUCUUGCAAGGCGGCGUUGGGGCUGCGCUGGAUUCCGUUCUUGCACCAACUCCUGGUCUUGGUGGUGCUUCUGAUUCGGCGGCAAAUAGCAAUCAAGCUACACCUGCGGCUGUUGUCGAUGUCCCGAAUUCGGUUAACGAAAACAACGGUGCUGGUACGGCUGAGACACCGAGUGUUGCUGUGGAGAUCCCGGCUGAAAAUCCUGAUGAAGAUGUUGAAAUGACUUGA